UAGAGAACCUAGAAUAGACAUUCGAGAAAAUUCGCAGAAAGUUAUUCAAAAACCGACGAAGACUGUGUUUGGGAGAGAAUUUGUGUUGUAAAACUUAGAUUAUCUAUUGAAAUUCAGUGAAAUCUUUGAGUGAGUGUACAGCAGAAGCAUCAGCAUGGUAGAUUACAGCAAAUGGAAGGAUAUUGAGAUUUCUGACGAUGAGGAUGAUACUCAUCCCAACAUUGAUACUCCUUCGCUCUUCCGGUGGCGUCAUAGGGCCAGGGUGGAGCGCAUGGAGGAGGCACAGAAGGAGAAGGAAGCCUUCGAGGCCAAGAAGAAGGAGACUGAGAAGAAGUUCAAAGAGCUCCAAUCGAAGUUGACACAAGACCCUGAGAUAGUGCAGAAGGAUCCUGAACUGAAGCAAGAACUUGAGAGGAUUGAGAGAGAGAAGCAGGAGUUGAAGAAAAAGGAAGACGAGCUGCAGAAGAAGGAGCGUCAUACUCCAUGGAAUGUGGAUACUAUUAGUAAGCCGGGCUUUGCCAAGACAGUGAUCAACACAAAACCCUCACGUCCAAAGGAAGAAGAUCUCACAGAUGAGGAACGUGAGCAGAGGAUGAAGGAUUUUGUGAAGGAAAAUGAAAAGUUACUGAAGAAAUUCGGAAUGCUGCGAAAAUACGAUGAUUCUAAGCAAUUCUUGGCUCAACAUCACGUUCUGGUGUGUGAGAAUACAGCCAACUAUCUGGUCAUCUGGUGCAUCAAUCUGGAGAUGGAGGGAAAGAAGGAACUAAUGGCUCAUGUUGCUCAUCAAUGCAUUUGCAUGCAGUACAUGCUUGAACUGUCAAAGCAGCUGGACGUUGAUCCUCGGGCCUGCGUCAGCAUGUUCUUCUCGCGCAUCCAGGUGGCCGAUCUGGAGUACAAGAAGCAGUUUGAGGAUGAAGUGGAGUCCUUCAAAGAGCGCAUCCGGAAGAGGGCUGCUGAAAAACUUGCAGCUGCAGCUGCAGAAGUCGAAGAAGAGGAGAGAUUGGCACGCCUGGGACCAGGUGGCUUGGAUCCUGAAGAAGUCAUCAGUUCUCUGCCAGAGGAACUGCAAAAAUGCUUCGAGACUCGCGAUGUGAAGCUGCUGCAGGACACCAUCGCCAAGAUGAAUCCCGAAGAGGCCAAGUAUCACAUGAAGAGAUGCAUAGAUUCUGGACUUUGGGUGCCAGAUGCCAACAAAGGCGCCUCAGAAGACGAAGGUGAGGAUAUUUAUCAAGAAGCCUCGUCAGAGCCACCUAAGCCUGCAACAUCCACAGAUGAUGUCGAUUAAUAGCCUUGAAGAUUCCCCAUUUGACUCCCAGUCCCAGAACACCUUCCUCAAUUGCUGCUCCUCAAAUUUCUUCUCGGAAAAUUAUAUAAUUACAACAAUCGAUUUCUCGAUAUAUUUUUUCUUAUAUGCAUAUAAAUAUUCUUAGCUGUUAGAUAUUCAUUUGAUAUGUAAUAAAAAAUUAAAAGGCCAAAA